GAAGCCAAUCGAAGCAACUCCGUCGACCUUCAAAGACUACGGUCAGGUCAUCGAGGCUUCGCCGGACGGCGACGAGUUCGGCCCCAAUGAUGCUCAGUUGGACCUUUCCAAAGGGAUUCCCAGGUUUUACAUCAUGCAUAUCGAAAAUCGUCCGCUGAAGUUUUCGAAUAUUACACAUCAUGCAAGUGUGACACAAUGCCUUGGUUCUAUUGGUGGCCAUGCUUGGUAUCUUGGAGUUGCUAAGCCAUCCAUUGUUGAAUCAGAUGACAUCAAGGAUAACGCCGGAAAGAAGAUUGUGCAAUCACGAUGUGGCCAUUCGUACGUGCCUCCUGCCAUUGAUGAUGUCCAAAUCUUCAAGGUUUCUGGCUCCAAAUUUCUUAAGCUUAAUCGCGGGACAUGGCAUGCUGGCCCUAUAUUUAAAGAAGAUGCAAUGGACUUCUACAAUCUGGAAUUGAGCAAUACAAAUGUGAUUGAUCAUACCACACACAGCUUCAAGAAAGAUAAUGGAGUGGCCUUUUUGAUCGAUGAUUAAUAUCAUAGCUUCCUCAAAGCAUUUCAACUGAUUAUGUAUACUGUGUAUAAUGUAAUAAGAGUAUAAUACCACUCAUGAUGCUGUAGUACAAUUUAUGAAAUUUUAGUAUUGUGCUUCAA